CCGAGGUCGACGCUAUUGAGUGCAUUUAAGUUGGCGCUAUUAUAUUAGGUUAGGUACCUAGGUAGUUGUAUGUAAUAAGUACCUAAACUCUAUAUACAUACCUCCUAGUAGUGCAUCUUAUGCGCUGCUCUUGGAUCGUUUAAAUAUUGACUUAUAAGUUACUAAGAUACUAAGAUAUACCAAGAUAUAAUGGCGUCGUCGACAGCGGGGAUAACCCCUCGCCUUGUCAUGUACUACCAAACUAUCCACGACUCUAACGGCAACCACAUCUCAAUAUUACCUUUAAUUACGCAGCCCGACAUAUCGAUUACACAUCUAAUCGUAGCUGCCAUUCACAUCAACGAGGAUCCAAAUGGCUUAACACUCAAUGAUCACCCCCCUUCAGACCCGCGGUUUAUUACCAUGUGGGCGGAGAUGCGCAUCGCCCAAGCCAGCGACAUCAAGGUUCUCGGCAUGUUGGGAGGAGCAGCUAAGGGCUCUUAUACUCGGCUAGACCAAGACCAGGCCGCCUUUGAGAAAUACUACGGGCCCCUUUACGAUCUCAUCCGGCAAAGGGAUCUCAACGGCCUGGACUUGGACGUCGAAGAGCAGAUGUCGCUAGGGGGGAUCGUGCGUCUUAUCGAUAGACUCAGAGCAGACUUCGGCCCUGACUUUAUCAUCACUCUGGCGCCCGUCGCCGCGGCUCUUCUCGAUCCGAGACGUAAUCUCAGCGGCUUCGACUACGAAGCCCUGGAGGUAAUGCGCGGCAAACAGAUCGCGUGGUACAAUACUCAGUUCUACUGCGGGUGGGGCGACGCCAGCACUCCCGUCAUGUAUGAGAUGUGUAUCGCAAGAGGUUGGCCGCCGGAAAAAGUUGUCGUUGGUCUAGUUACGACGCCAGAAAACGGACCAGGUUGGGUACCUUUCGACGUAUUAGGUCCGACAUUAGCAGUCCUACAACGCCAGUUCUCUAAAUUUGGAGGCGUCAUGGGGUGGGAGUAUUUCAACGGGUUACCCGGAGGCAAAGAAAAACCUUGGGAAUGGGCGCAGCGCAUAACGAAACUAUUAGGGGGUAGUCGGGCUCGGGAUGCAGGGACAACAAACGUGAAAAGGACUCCGGACAACGGGACUAUCGAGAUAGAUCCGGACGUCAGUAAUGGUCCAAAUCCGCAGAUACCUCAGACUUUUGAGUAUUAUUCUGACGGGUUGGACGAGGAUGACAACUAAGCUGGUCUUGGUGAGUGAGUCACCGUAUGGAGAACAUUCGUAAGAUCUAAGUCAAUGAUUGCAACGUUAUCUAGGCGUGGGAACAUGAAUAAAAGGUUUUAACAUUUGGUCUAUUUUCACAACGUCUACCUACAGUUAUCAUAAUCUGGCACGGUCAUCUUGGAACUUGAAUGGUACCUGUAUGUCCUAAAAAGCGUUUACGAGACAAAUUCACGCGAUAGGGAAAUUUGGUAGUACUUCUGAUUGGAUGAAUUGUACAACCAGACGACGUCUGAAUUUCCCUACUGAAUAUCAAUGUGUGACACCUCUACCUAUCUUAAGCAAGAAUACAGCAAACAUUUGGUCAAGUGUUGAUAAA